GGGGGCGGCUUCCGCUUUCUUCAGAAAGUCAUCAUGGGUGUUCGAGGACUAAUGAGUUUUGUGGAAGAGCAUAGUAAUGAGUUCUUCACUGAUUUGAAGUUGCGAGACACAAAAAUUGUCAUUGAUGGCUAUUCUCUCUUCCACCGGCUUUGUUUCAACUCAAACUUGGAGCUCCGGUAUGGAGGGGACUACGAUUCUUUUGCAGAUGUUGUACAAAAAUUCUUUGAAUCAUUGUUUUCUUGUAAUAUAUGUCCAUAUGUUGUAUUAGAUGGAGGAUGUGACAUUUCAGAUAAAAAGCUUACAACUUUGAAGGAUCGAGCUAGAGAGAAGAUCCAGGCGGCCCAUUCCCUUUCUGUUGGUGGGGGUGGGUGUGUAUGUCCCCUACUCAUCCGGGAAGUGUUCAUACAAGUUUUGAUCAAGCUGCGGGUAUGUUUUGUCCAGUGCUUUUCAGAAGCCGAUCGGGACAUUAUGACACUGGCUAAUCACUGGAAUUGCCCCGUGUUAUCAUCAGAUAGUGACUUUUGCAUUUUUGAUCUGAAAACUGGGUUUUGCCCAAUGAACAGCUUUCAGUGGAGAAACGUGAACACUGUUAAGGGCACACAAGACCAUUAUAUCCCAGCCAAAUGCUUUUCUCUUGAUGCGCUCUGCCGUUACUUCAGCAAUAUGAAUAAAGCUCUAUUACCUCUCUUUGCGGUGCUAUGUGGAAACGACCAUAUUAAUCUGCCCAUCGUGGAGACAUUCUUAAGUAAAGUACGUCUUCCUCUUGGAGCUGCCAGUUAUAAGGGGAGGAGACACCACCGAGUUCUGGGACUUCUGAAUUGGUUGUCUCGUUUUGCUGACCCUACUGAAGCACUAGAUAAUGUUCUGAAAUAUCUCCCAAAAAAGGAUCGAGAAAAUGUUAAGGAACUUCUCUAUUGUUCCAUGGAAGAAUACCAGCAGUCUCAGGUGAAGCUGCAGGACUUCUUCCAGUGUGGUACUUAUGCCUGUCCGGAGGCCCUGAAUCUGCGCUUACCAGAAUGGGUCCUAAUGGCUUUGGCCAAAGGUCAGCUAUCUCCUUUCAUCAGCGAUGCUUUGGUGCUAAGACGGACCAUUCUUCACACACAGGUGGAAAACAUGCAAAAACCAAAUGCCCACAGAAUCUCUCUGCCCAUCCGACAAAUCAUUUAUGGGCUUCUUUUGAAUAUUUCUUCACAUCUGGAAAACAUGUCCUUAAAUGCAUCUCCUCUUCAGCCUCUAGCUUUCAGUGAAGUAGAAAGGAUUAAUAGAAAUAUCAAAACAUCGAUUGUUGAUGCAGUAGAACUGCCCAAGGAUCUUUCUGACUUAAGCAAAUUGACUGAGCUCUCCUUGGCUAGACGGCAGAUGCUUCUGUUAGAAACGCUAAAGGUGAAACAGACCAUCCUGGACCCAAUCCCCACUUCUUUGAAGUUGCCCAUUGCUGUCAGUUGCUACUGGUUGCAGCACAUGGAGCCCAAGGCAAAACUACAUCACCUACAAGCCUUGCUGCUGGGGAUGCUGCUGGGGCCCUUGCAUGCCAUAAUCAACAGCCCUGAUAAGGAAGACCUGCGGGAAGAUGGUGCUAAGAUGUUGUGCGAAGAGUUCCAAAGAGUGAAGGAACAGACGCCGCCCGGCACGAGACUGGAUUUAGACACGGCUCACGUCUUCUGUCAGUGGCAGUGCUGUCUGCAGAUGGGGCUGUACCUCAAUCAGCUGCUGUCCACGCCUCUCCCAGAGCCAGACCUAACUCGACUGUAUAGUGGAAGCCUAGUGCACGGACUAUGCCGACAACUGCUACUAUCAACCUCCGUAGAAAGUCUCCUCAGCAUGUGUCCUGAGGCAAAGCAACUUUAUGAACACCUGUUCAAUGCCACAAGGUCAUAUGCUCCUGCUGAAUUAUUCCUACCAAGGAGUAAAUCAAAUUCAAAAAAAAAAAGGCAAAAGAAACAAGGUACCAGAUGGUCAAAGAACUGUGUGGGAACCAUCUCAGACAAUAGAUGUUGGUAUGAGGGAAGCAAUCGGUUUGGGCUAUUAAUGGUUGAAAACAUGGAGGAUCAUAUUGAGGCCUCAAAGUUUGAAUAAACUCAGUCUGCAACCAGAUGUAAAAUUCUUACUUAAAUUUUUUCUGUUAUCUGCCUUGAAAUGAGUAACUUUUUUCUUUAGAACCUGUUAGGGGAUAAACACUGCAUUAGGUAAUCUUUGAAUUCCAAGGUAUUUUAUAUUCUGCUUUUAAUAAAUACAACCUGAAUUAAGAAA